CGAGCUCACCGAGAGAAACGGGAGAGCGAGCCUUCUCUUCUCCUUUGGGACGCCCGAACCUCGCGCACAUCCAGAACGUUAUUUUAUUCCUCUCCUUUUCCUCCUGUCUUUCUCCCCACGAGAUGAGAGACUGAUUCGGCGAGGGUUCCACGCGCUGUUACGAAGAAGUUUUGGGUAGGAAGAGAGGAUGAUGAUGAGGUCAGAGUUCAUCGUGCUGUGUUUACUGUUUGGAGCAGCAGCACACGUCCAGGCCUUCCCAGAAUGCAACAAGAAACAUGAGUGUCCUAUAGACGUGUACUUUACGAUCGACACGUCUGAGACCAUCGCCCUGCAAGAACCUCCCCCUGGAUCACUGGUGGAGAGCAUUAAGAUGUUUACAGAGCGUUUUGCAGAGCGUCUGGAGGAUGCUGACUAUAAAGGUCUGGUCCAGAUCAGAUGGCAGUUAGGAGGACUACACUUCUCCCAGAGACAACAGGUCUUCAGCCGUAUACAGGCCAAGGACGCCUUCAUCCAGGGGGUGAGGGGUAUACGGUAUCUUGGUAAGGGAACCUACAUCGACUGCGCCCUCGCCAACAUGACACAGGAAAUGACACGCUCGCCUUCGGACCCCAGGGCACUGCGAUUCGCUGUCGUCAUUACCGACGGUCACGUGACAGGAAACCCGUGCGGCGGGGUGAAGGUGACGGCCGAGCGUGCGCGCGACGAGGGCAUCAGAAUGUUUGUGGUCGCGGCCACGAAGAACGUGGACGAGACGGGUCUGAGGGAGAUAGCUAACUCUCCGGCCAACGUCUACAGAAAAGACUUCCUGGCUGUCGACCUCAGUGGCAACAAGCCUGUUAUACAGCUGGACACUAUAGACCGCAUCAUCAAGACCAUGACCCAUCUGGCCUAUCAGGAGUGCUACAAGGUGAAGUGUCUAGAGACAGAAGGACCUCCUGGUCCCAAAGGACACAGAGGACAGAAGGUACACACACAGACACACAGACACACAGACACACAGACA